CGCGAUAGUUGAGUGUGCGGGGACGCGCGCCUGAGAGGAGCAGCAGUGAUGGCGGACGCGGAGCUGACGCUGGACCUGACUGACAGCAAACAUGAAGAAUCAGGCGAUUCUCCCACUGACGAAGGAGACGCGGAGCCCCAGCAGACGCAGGAGAACACGAAUGGCGUCAAAACCGACGCCGAGGAGAAGCCGGAGCCCAAAGAGAAGAGCCGAAAGUCGCACCGCUACCAUCCCUACAAAGAGCGUCACGGCGGCGGCGGCUCGGCGGACAAGAAGGCCGCCCACAGGAACCGGGUGUUCAUUAGCAAUAUCCCUUAUGAUAUGAAGUGGCAGGCAAUUAAAGAUCUAAUGCGCGAGAAAGUUGGUGAGGUUACAUACGUGGAACUCUUUAAGGAUGGAGAAGGAAAGUCAAGGGGCUGCGGUGUGGUUGAGUUUAAAGAUGAAGAGUUUGUGAAGAAGGCUAUUGAGGUCAUGAGCAAACAUGAUCUGAACGGACGGCCGCUGAACAUCAAGGAGGAUCCGGACGGUGAGCACGCGCGGCGCGUCCUGCAGAGAUCGGGCCGCAUGUACGGAGGUGGCCGAGGGCAGGACACCGGUCCGACCGGGAUGAACGUCCCUCCCUCCAUCGCCAACAACCCCAACAUCCCUCCAGAGAUCAUCAGCGCGCUGCAGGCCGGACGGCUGGGAACCACCGUGUUCGUCGCCAACCUGGAUUUUAAGGUGGGCUGGAAGAAGCUGAAGGAGGUGUUCAGUAUGGCGGGGACGGUGAGGAGGGCCGAUGUCAAAGAAGACAAAGACGGGAAGAGUCGAGGAAUGGGAACGGUCACCUUCGAGCAGCCGCUGGAGGCCGUACAGGCCAUCUCCAUGUUCAACGGUCAGAUGCUGUUUGACAGACAGAUGCAUGUGAAAAUGGAUGAUAAAUCACUUCCUCCAGAUGACUUCAGGCCUGCAGAGAAACCGCCACAGUUACCCAGAGGUCUGGGCGGAGUCGGGAUGGGUUUGGGUCCCGGCGGUCAGCCAAUAAAUGCCAACCGUCUCAGUGGAGGGGCCGUCGGCUCCAUGGGACCUGGAGGGAUGGACGGGCCAGGAUGCAGCAACAUGAACCGCAUGAGUGGGAUGGGCGGAGGUUUUUCCGGGAUGGACUGUGUGGGUGGAAUGGGAGGAUUCGGUGGCAGAGACAUGGGACCCAUGAGCCGAAUGGGAGACAUGUAUCGAUCUGGAAUGACAGGGAUGGACCGAGACUUUGGCAGAAGUGACAUGGGAAUGAACCGCCCGUUCGGAGACUCGUUUGGAGGUUUAGGUGGAGGAUAUACAGGAAUGGGGAAUGCUGGGAUGGGACCCAUGGGCUCUGGAUUAGGAGGAGGAGGGAUGGUGAACAUGGGAAUGGACCGCAUGAACUCUGGCUUCGACCGGAUGGGCGGGAACAUGGACAUGGGGCGUGGCUUCGGCCAGUACGGAGGCGGCUCAGGUCACAUGGGUGGAAUGAGUGACAGGGGGGUGGGGUCUAAGGCCGGAUGCCAGAUCUUUGUGAGAAACCUCUCGUAUGAUUUGACCUGGCAGAAGCUCAAGGAGAAGUUCAGUCACUGUGGUCAGGUGAUGUACGCUGAAAUAAAGAUGGAGAACGGCAAAUCCAAAGGCUGCGGGACUGUGCGUUUCGACUCUCCUGAGAGCGCCGAGAAAGCCUGUCGAAUGAUGAACGGAACCAAGAUCAACGGAAGAGAGGUCGAUGUUCGUAUCGACCGGAACGCUUAAACCUCCGCCCACACACUCACACACACUCACACACACUCACUGACGUCACACAGAGCCCAGCUUUUGUUUUGUUUUAAAAACAUCAUGACUGUCAUAUCAGCACUCUCACCAGCCGCUUCAGCUCCAUGUGUUAGUGACCACCGCCCUUCUUUUUCUUUUUUUUGUAAACAUUUUAAUUUGUGGGACGUUCGUCUCGGACUAAAUUUUAAAAAAUAAAAAGCUGGCUGUUGUCAA